AUGGCGAUUUUGAAAUUAUGUAAUUAUAAUAUAGUAAUUAAGUGGUGAUAGUAUAUGAAGAAGGAGUGAAGAUGGGUAUAUGGAUGGAAUUGAAUUCAGAUUAUGAUGAAUACAUUACUUAUUUGGGUGAAUAUAAUUAAGGUUUGAAAUUUGGAAAAAGUAAUAAUAUUCUUAGACAAGAGAAUUGUGAUUAUUUCAUAAUUAUGUAUAUUGAUAAUUGAUUCUGAAGUGGCGUUAGUGGUUAUUAUGGCUUUAAUUAGAUGA